AUGAUGAAAAGAAACAAUGAAGGAAUUGGGGGAGAAGGAGUUGCGAAUAGUCCACCAGAUGAUACUCAACAAAAGCGUCGCAGAAUUCAGUUUGAAGCGGUUAAAAUGCCAGCAGUCCAAAGUGUUACUGAACUCAGGUCUCGCACGGUGGCUAUUCAAGCUGCCAAACUGCGGCAAACGGUUCUGAUAAAAAAUAAAAGAAUAUCCGACUUGGAGCGAGAAAAUGAGCGGGCAAAGCGUCGACAGUUAACUGAUGAAAGCAACUUUCUGAAGGUUUACAAUCUGUUUUCGGAGCUCGAAAAGUUCAUUUGGGCUCAAACCAAAGACGAGUUCGGUGAAGUGAAGAUGACGCCGUCGGCACCAGCUGGUACAGACGUUCAAGGGAUGACUUCUGAGCAAUAUCAUUCGUUUGUCGAUACUGCAAAAGGAAAUUUGCGAAUCGCUUUCAACUCUUAUGCAAAAGCUCGUCACGAUCGUACCACUGAAACUGCGAACUUUAUAGCUAGGCUGAAAACGCUCAUGGCUGAUCCGAAACUGAAUAUCAAUGAUAUUCACAAAGAACUGGCUGCCAAGACCGCAAGUCUUUUAGCUCAAAUUGAUAAAUUACAAGCCGAAGCUCAUAGAGUUCAAAGUGAGAACCACAAUUUAGAACGGAAGCGUCGCCACAUGGUUGAUAAAAACACACUGUUGGAAAGUAGGAUCCAAGAAAUGGAGAAGCUUCUGGAAGAAGCUCACUUCGAAACUGAGAAGCAAAUGCGUCUUGCCUGCAAAUAUGAGGCACGACUUAUCCUUGAACACGAAGCAGCGUCCGGGAAUGCAACAGCCUCAUCGUCGGCUACUUUGAACCAAUCUGAAAAGAAAAUGGGAUCCCCAGGAAGUCCACCGAGUGAAUCCACAAGUCGCGAGAUCGAAGCUCUCCGUGCGGAUCGUGAUGAACAAGCAGCAAUUGCUGCUCGUCGACUUCAGGAGCUAGAAGAUACGAACAGGAAAUUGCAGUCAAUGGCUCAGGACAUCAGCAAACUAAAGAUGGAGACACAAUCGUCAGUGCCCUCAGACGUCAUUACAAACUCGGAGGAGUAUAGGAAUCUUAAAAAAUACUAUUCACUUGCAAUCAAAGAACACGAGCGUAUUUGCAAGGACCUGGAAGAUGUCACAGUGGAGCGUGAUCAAUUACGGAGCGUCAAGGAGAAUAGAGAAAAGAUGAUGUCAGAGGAGCAUCAGAAGACUAUUAAAGAGAUUCAGCACCAGUCUGAAAUUCACAAUACAUUCUAUCGGGUUUCUCAUGAUAGCGAAGUUUUGCGUGCCGAAUUCGAAACUGUAAAAGAGGAGUAUAAUAAGACGGUGAAACAAAGUGAAUGGGAUGAAAUGAAAGCAACUGUCAACACACUUCGUUCGUUAAACAAGACGAUGAAGUCGCAGAUGCAACGGAUGAAGGAUAGAGAAAAGGCAUCUCAGAAGGAGCAUUCUGCUGUUAAAACAGAGUUGAAAACGCUGAAAGAUCAAUUGGAAAAAUCGGUAUUAGUACCGCUUGAAGACAGCGGAAACACUUCAACGGAGGAUGCGAAUAAGAUCCGCGCGGAAUAUGAAUCCUUGAAAAGAGAAAUCAGGCGCAUCGGAGCGAUGGAUAAGCAAGAAAAGCAGAGGCAACUUGAUCGAGAAAUCCAACGUCAUAUUGCCGACAAAGUGACAGAGUUAGAGACACUCCGAAAAACCAACGAAGCACUGACAAAUGAUGAACAAACUUUAUCUGAUGAGUUAGAAGUCGUUUGUCUGACUAUUGAAGAAGAACAGGAGAGAAACGCACAAUUGUUUAUGGAAAAACGAGAUCAGGAAGAUAGAAACCUAAAAAUGAUGAACGAAAGAAUGAUUCAAAACCAAGUGCAAAGUAGAAUGCGCGAGAAGUUGGAAUGUUUGGAAAGUAAAGCUCAGACCGAUGCUCAGAUUGCAAAGAUGCACGAGUUCGAGAAGAAGGCUUCGGAUGAAGUUUUAAACAAGUUAACUGAAAAUCUACAGUUUAAGACUUCCGAAGUGACGCGCUUAUCAAACAUGAUGGAAGUACAUCGUAAGCAAACGCAGGAGCUUGGGUUCGCGAGAGAUGAAAACCAGGUCAAAGUAGAUCGUUGUGAAGCACAACUCAAGCAAUAUCAAGAUUUGUAUGGCUCCAAGUCUCGUGAAGUGGAAGAAGCCAAGUUCAAGCGGCAGAGGGCAGAAGAAGAAUUGGAACUAGUUCGGGUUAAAUACGAACGAGCGAAGCGCAAUGACUCUGCUCAAACUGGGGAUCAAGUUCUUCAAGAAGCGAACCGACAGAUGAAAGAAACGUUGACAUGUCCUUCAUGUAAAACCAGACCCAAAGACUGCAUCAUGCUGAAAUGCUACCACUUGUUCUGUGAGACAUGUAUCAAAACCAUGUAUGACACUCGUCAACGUAAAUGCCCGAAAUGCAACAGCAAUUUCGGUGCAAACGACUUCCAUCGCAUCUUCAUCUAG